CAGUUUGAUAUAUCGAAAUAAAAACAAAUAUUGCUAGUGUUUACAGUGAAAAAAAAGUGAAUUUUCCUAUUGACCUGGUGCUAUAGUGUUUUCCGAUAAUUGAUGACUUCUCAAAACAUACAAAUUUAAAAACUCUCGGAACAAGAAAUAGGAAUUGGCAAAUUGGACAAUUUCCAAAUGUAGCCCUGCUACUGCUUUUUACUUCGCAAAAGCCACGCCUGCAACUUGGUGUGUGCAGAACAAUUGACUAAAUCACUGAAGAAGAUUUAUCCUGAUGAAACAAUUCAUCGAUGAGUAUGUCACAUACUCAGUACAAAACAAAUCAAGACAAAUCUAAAGUUUGAAGACAACCGAUCACUACUAUGGUUAACCAUUAACCCUCUCCAUUCCUGAUUCAUGGAAUAAUGUCAUGCUGAAACGUGCAAUCUCGUUUUUGCAAAUGACAAGACAUUGAAUUAUCUUAAGCGACUGUGAUUUUCUAGAACAAAUCUAGAGUUAAUAGAUUUAGAGUAUAAUAAUAAUAUUUGACAAGAUGCCGGUGUUUAGAAGUGCUGAUCCUGAAGAGGUGAAAGCUGUUUGGGAGGCUAUCAGAUUGGUUAAUCAUCAGAGGCAGGCUGCUGAUGCUUUUCGUUUGGGGAAAAAUGUUGCGAGGAUUCUAUCAAUUAAUCAAGAAGAAGGUGAGAACAUUGUAAGAAAAUGUCACCAGGAUGGUUUAUUGGUGCAAGUGCAUGCAGUGGGUGCCCGAGGCAAAAAGAGAGGAGUAGAAUCUCAGACCUACAAAAUACCAACAGAAAUUCCUUCGUUACCUAAACAUGACUGGUAUUGUUACGAGUGUCAUCUGGCCGGUGAUGUGACAGCAUGCCAAGGGUGCCACCGAGUAUUUCAUUCGACUUGUGUAAAAUUGAGCAUGGGUUUUAUGAGCAGUACUAAAGCUGCGCAUAAAAAUGACUCCUUAAAUGAUUCCUCUAGGGACAAAUCGAUGCUGAUGAAAAGUGUUAAUGGAAAACUCAAUGACACUGUGGAAGAAAAUAGCAUCGAAAGCGACUCCAGUGAUGUUGUCAUCAUUGAAGAAGAAGACGACGAUACGGUUAAACCUAAUUCGACGUCCGACAAGACUUCAUCAGAAGAUAAUGGUGUUUCUACCUUGUCACAAAACACAAAACUACUUCCGUUGGCAUCUGCAGUUAAAAAUAAAUCUGUUGAUGAGGAAGACAUUGAUAAAAAGGAGAUUAAAUGUGACGAUGAGGACUUUGAGGAUGAGUUCUCUAGUAAAGUGGGGACUGAUACACAUUGUUAUGUUUGCCGGCUAGCUAAUUUGGAACAGAAGGAAGGCGGUUUGGUUGAUUGUACUGUUAAAGAAUUAAAUUAUCUGCUGCAGUUUACUUAUGACAGGAUACACACCUGGUUACCAGAUGAAUCCCUAAGUGAUAUGAUUCCUUCUGGCAAAACACCAAUCACUUCAAGCGACGAGGCCUGGUGUUCCCUUUACCUGAUUCGGGGAUUUCCAAUGUCUCUAAGAAAAAUGCAGGACAAAAUUAGACGUGGAGCUUAUGAAAGCCUCACCGGAUUCUCUUCAGACGUUUCUGAUAUUGUUCAUCAUGUCGGGAUACUGUUUGGAGUGUCCUCUGAGCAGAUGGAAGCUGCUAAAUAUAUGUUGAAUGAUAGCACUUUCGAUUUGAGUGAAAUUAGACAGUGCAGAGAUUGCUACCGGCAUUCAAAUGAACAGGAUGAUCCUCUCUGGUUUGCAAAACCUUGUUUACCCAGACACGAACUGGUUUUUGCCAAGCAGAAAGGAUACACUUAUUGGCCUGCUAAGGUUAUUAAAAUUAAUGCUGAUGGAAAUUACGAUGUAAGAUUUUUUGGUGGCAAACACUUUCGGGGUAUUAUUGAUCCGCAAUGUGUUAAACCAAUCGAUACUCCUUACCAGGACAUGCAGUUAAUGAAACGCACCGUCACCCUCAACAAAGCUCUCGAAGAACUCCAAAAGCACCAAGAGCUCCUCAAACGUCCAAACAGCUUGUUCACUUACAAAGCUGAACAAUCGAAGCGAUCGCAAAGGAGUACUACACCAGAAGAAGCAGACACCGACGAUGAAACCAAACCAGUCGCCCCAGCCAAAAAGAAAAAAGCCGGCCGCAAACCCAAAUCGAACGCCGGCGACAAGUCCGCCAACAAAAUGGUACCGACAGUCAAACUAACCCGCACCUUGCAAGUGAGUAACGGUGGCGGUAAUUAUGAUACUAAACCAAAACCUAGGAUGACCAGGAACUCUCUGGUCACUGCACCCGAUAUGAAUGUUUACGAUAUCAGUACGGUGGACGAAGAGGAGAAGACUCUGGAUGUUAGGCUGAAGACUCCUAAGAAGACUCCUAAGAAGUCAGCAAAGGAUGGUAAAAGUGAUAAACGGUCGGUCGAUAAGGAGGAGAUGAGUAAGGGUAAACGCAGUUGUGGCCCGAAGAAUGAUGAGAGCGCCGAUGUGGAUGUUGUCAGUCUUUGUAACAGUUCGGACGAGGAAGGAAAUUUGAUUACGAUGAAGACUAUUGACUAUAUAGGAGAAACGGAUUAUUCCUCCAAACCGACCAGAGCCAAGGCCCACAGCAGCAUCGGAAGCAGCCAAGAAGCCUUGAUAAGUUCCACCCAAGAAAUUCCUUCAACGUCGCAGAACAAUUCCAACUCUACGUCCAAUUCUUCGAAUGCAAAUCGUUCUGGUGCAGCUUCCAAACAGGGUGAAGCCCCACGACUGGCCAGGGCCACUCAGGGCGGCGGAGUGUCUCGCAGAGAGAAUUUUGAAAGGAUAAAGUUGAAGGUGGAGCAGGCUUCGAGUAUGAAGGAAGCCGCCAGGAUCGCUCAUGAGGCUCUUAUGGCCGAAAAUGAAAGAUGGGAAGCAGAACUACAAGCUAUGGUUGACGAACAUGUUAAAUCGAUUUUGUUCGAGGUGAAGAAAAGGCAAUGGUGUUACUAUUGUGGAGACGAGGCAAUAUACUAUUGCUGCUGGAACACUGCCUAUUGUCAACAACGACUUGCCAGCAACAGCAUUGGCAAGCCGAACACAAAAGAGUCUGUCGCAGAAAAAGAUAAACAACAACAUGUUGCCAGUCAUCAAAGAAGACGAUGAACAACAACAACAGGUUAUUAUAAUAAUAAGAAUUGUACACAUAAAUAUAUAUAUCAUAAGGUUUUUAAUUUGCAUAUUAUAGUAUAAGUAUUAUUAUCGAAAAAGGAUUGUGAAUAAAACAAAUCGAGAAAUUUAAUGGACGGAGUUUUAUAAGUUAUUGAUAGGUCGUAUUAUUAAA